GGAAUUAAAGUUCAAAGAAUUCUAUAUCUCAAGGUCUCAUAAACUCCUACAUUGUAGUUCUUGUGAGUUAGAAUCAUUUUGCACUGUUCAUUGCAUAACUCCAUUUCGAUCAAUCUCAAUCUGGCUUCAAUCACAAUGGCUACUACGCGUAUCGCAGAGCUUGCUACACAAGUUGCUGAAAACACAAAGAGAGUCGACGAUUAUCUUCGCCAACAUGACUUACCCUCACCAUCCUUUGAUGCUGAAGGGCCAGUCGACUUUUGCAUCCGAUCAGAAGAAAUUCAACGGGCUCGUAACCUGGCGAUUGACGGGGCAGCAGAACUGCUGGAUCUGUUGAGGGGUCCCAAAGAGUCUUUACAGCCUGUGGUCAAUGCUACUAGUCUUCAGGCUAUCCAUAGGUUUGAUAUCGUGAGAAAGGUACCAAUCGGGGGUGAAAUAAGCUUCAAAGACCUAGCCGAGCAAUGUGAUCUCUACGAGCCAGAUCUUCGUCGCAUCAUACGUUUUGCUAUAUCAUUUCAUAGGAUCUUUCAAGAACCGCGUCGAGGCUUUGUAACUCAUUCAGCAGCUUCCCGCAAGUUGGCGGAAGAUCAAGAUUUCCAUGAUGCUUUGGGUCUAGUUUUCAAUGAAUUCGUUCCAUCUUUUGGGCGGACAGUCGAUGCUUUGGAGCAAUUCAAAGAUCAGGAGCCAAGCCAAACCGGAUUUGCACUUUUGCGGAACACCACGCAACCUUUCUUCAAAUACAUGGGGGAUCAUCCCGCAAGAGCUAAGUUGUUUGCUGGGGCCAUGAAGACCUUCAGUCUUGUAGAUCCUGGGCAUUCUCCUGCUUUCCUUGUUCAGGGUUAUCCAUGGGAUUCUAUCAACGGCACCGUCGUUGAUGUUGGUGGUUCGAAAGGUAGUAUCAGUAUCUUACUUGCAAAGGAUUUCCCUACGCUAAAUUUCAUCGUACAAGAUCUUCCUGGGGUUAUCGAAGGUGCAGAAUCGAAGCUUGAUGCUACUAUUGCCGAACGUGUGUCAUUUCAAGGGCGUGACUUUUUUACUCCGCAAACAGUGGUGGCUGAUGCAUAUCUAUUUCGCUGGAUCUUUCACAACUGGCCUGAUAAGUAUGUGGUCGCUAUCCUACGCACCCUUGUUCCAGUAAUGAAAACUGGCGCUCGAGUGAUUGUGAAUGAGAUUUUGAAUCCGCCUUCGAAUUCUCUCUCGCUUUCUAGUGAACGUUCCAUUCGUUCUCUCGAUAUGAUUAUGCUGAGCAUGCAUAAUUCUAGAGAACGAGAAGCGGAAGAGUGGCAGGAUCUUUUCCUUGAAGCGGAUCCUCGUUUUGGGGUGUUGAAGAUUUGGGUACCGACUGGAGCAUCUCUUGCUAUCAUCGAGGCUGUCUGGCAAGGAUAAUCAUUGACAUGCUCACUGUUGACUUAAAGUCUUAUGGGCUUGCCAACUAUAGCUUUUGUGGAUGUGUCAUUCUUUGACUAAUAAUGACUUGCGGUUCUCUCGGAAUGGAUAGUGUAGAAGCGGAUAUCAUUAGAUCUUGACUACAUUUAAUCUUCAGAUCUCUUGGGCUCUAUCUCGUUUCCA